AUGCUUCAGGGGAAGCCCAAGACCCGCCAGCCGCAACGGCGGCGACAAGACUUGGCAAGAGUUAAACGUCGGUCCCAGGAGCUGCCAGUGCGCGCGACUUCCCAGCCCGACGCGCCUCCCUCGCUCCACGCCUCCCUCCCCAGCCGGCGUUCUCCUCACGCCCCACCCGGCUGCUGCGGAGGCCGCUUUCCAGGAACUUUCCAGGAAUCGGCCUCACGUGACCGCGGGCCCCGCUGCCUCUUUAAAGAGGCGCGGGCGCAAUACAGAGGCUUUAGGAAAGACCGGCUGAGAGCGCUCUGGUGCAGGGUGGGCGGUGUGCACGCCGGAGUCUGCGGGCCUCUGGCCCCACACCCCGCGGUGCUCCGGGGCAAAGUGGAAAAGUCCCCGGCCACAGCCAACCCCGUUUCGGCGGCCGGAGCCUGCCCCCUACCCGGGCCAGCUGAGAGCUGGGGUUCAGGGAAGUAUAGUCGUCCGGCCUGCCACGGGGGAUGGGCUUCUCUAAACAGUCCGAAGGCGCCCCCUUGACGCGACCCUCCUGGCCGCUCAUUUGGGGGGUGGGUGCAGGAGCGACCGUGGGUCCUCGGAAACUGGCCUCUCUGUCUCUAAGACACACUGAUGGCACCGGGACCUCCUGCUUGGCCCGGUGCUCACGGCCGGGGACCGGCGGCGGUCCCCUUGAUGCGGUCCUGGAAGGCAGAGAGCAGGAGAGCAGCGCCUCCUUAAGUGGCGCCGGCCGUCCUUAGUCCCCUCCCCCUGGCGCCCCGGCUGGUAGUGAUCCGCACCCACCCAGCUCCUCCCUUCCUCCUUUCCUCCGCUGUAACGUCUCCGGUAGACCCGGCGGCCCGCCCCGCUCACCUGCGCCGACUGCCAAGGGGGCGCCCUUACCUGCGCGCCGGAUUUGACGGAGCUGCUACAAGAAAAGCAGGCUCUCCCCUUCUGAAAUGAUGAGUGGUAAUUACCAUGCAGGUCAACUUUUCCACCACUUAGAGGGAGCCUGGCAAAGAACAAAGGCAACAGAGAAGAAAGCAGAGCUGAGGCUGAGAAGGAGAAAUUCCUGAGUGCUUGAAUCCCACAUGCCUGAAAAUAAACCACACUUGGGCUUCUCAA